UUUGAACUUUUCUCUGGUUGGAGUUUGGUUGUAUGGUUUGCUGUUCAACAUAACUGAUGGGGGAACAAUUUUAAUGUUUAACAUCAUUAACAAGGAACAUGUGUCUGUCCACAGUUAUAGUACAGAUACAAUAACAAGUGAAAAGAUUUAUGGAGACUAGGCAGGCUUGAAGGCAAAAUGUUAUAUAAAACAGCAUUCCCAAUCUCCCUUCUACAGUACCUGUUUUACAUCAGUGAAGUUGCAUUAUACCCUGUUGUUUGGACAGUGAACCAGCUGACAUCACCAUUUCUCAUCUCUACAAAAGAAGAUCAUUGGGAUUUGGAGAUUAUAAUAAAAAAAUUGGUAUACCCACCAUUGAUAAUACUGUUUUUAUCGAUAUUUGGAAUUCCAGCUAUUUUCGGAGUUGUUUUACGCUGUUUAUUACAUUUAUUCCGUAGACCAUAUGUUUUAUCUGUGGAGAAAUCAUUUCAUCCUCCAUCCAUUAACGAAAGAAGAGCAAGCAUAUCUGUUGGUAGACUUCAUCCAGAUGGUAGGAGAAAUUCUCUGCUGAGUAAGAGUUUGAGUAAAACUUUUACCAUUAGCUCAGCUAACUUGUGCCUUUUACCAGAGCUUUUAUCUAGAAUAAAUAAUUUACCCAACACUGAUCACAGAUCAUGGAUGAUAGGAGAGAGAAUUGUUAUUGAUCAAUUUUUUUUUCAAAAUUCAAUGAAUUCCAUUCAGUCAUUUUCACCUAUAUCAAGGAAAAAUUCUGGUACUUCACGAUCAGAGAAAACAGCAGUGGAACCAGGCCAUAAUAUUUUGACUCAUUUUCCAAAGCUUGACUUCUUGUGCCUUCAGGAAACAUGGGAUAGAGAUUACAGUCACAAACUGAUGAGUGAACUUCAUAAAGUGUUUCCAUGGAUACUGUAUGAUGUAGGAAAAACAAAUCUUUUGACAAACAGGUUCAUGUUAAAUAGUGGUUUAAUGUUAGCCAGUAAAUAUGAAAUCCUAGAUGCUGAUUUUCAUCCUUAUACUGACAGCUUCUCACAGUGUAUCUACAGUUCAAAGGGAUUGUUAAUGACAAAGGUACUGCUUUCCAGCACAGAACAUCAUGAUGAAGUUGGAUACAUUUUCACUACACAUUUGCAGGCGUAUCAAGGAACGGAAGACAUAAUACAAAAACAACUAGAUGAGAUAUUGUUAUGGACCAAAAAGUUCCGUGAGGAAUCUGUCAGAUUAGAGGACAUUGUUGUAUUUGAUGUGUUAUGUGGUGAUUUCAAUUUCGACAAUAUUUCUCCAAUUGAUGAGCCUUGUACAAGACAUAAAUUAUUUGAUGUGUAUGAAGACGUGUGUCGUAUCAGUCCAGGACAAGAUCAAGAUUGGACAAUAGGUACAGAGAUGAGGCAAAUGUGUCUUUGGGAGAAUCAAAUUUCCUCUCCAGAAGGUCUUAAAGAAGCAUUAGAAGACCCUAUUCUGAGACAUACAUACGUUGUAGAUGGUAAUAUAAAGGAUGGUACAAUGAGGGAAAUCUGUAAGACCAAACCCUUGGAUGAUGAGGAUGUUAGGACUAAGCUGAUGGAUGUGUCUGGUAGAAGGAGAAUUGAUUACAUUCUCUACAGAAAAGAUACCCCAUUGGCAGUACAGAAUUUUAGCUUUGUUACAAGACUAGCUACACUUACUGACCACAUUCCAGUCACCAUGACAUUUUCUAGUCAACAGUAACUUUAUAAGUUACGUUAUAAACCAUUGCAAUGGACAGAGGAAAAGAUGGACAAAAGGAGGGCACAGAGUAGAUAGCAUACCGGUAUAUCUAAUCAUUAUCAAAUCAAAAUUAACCACAUUCCACUUACGAUGACAUUUUCUAGUCAAUAGUCACUUUUAAUGUAACUGUAUAAUGCAUUGCAAUGGAGGAAUGAAAACAAGAACAAAUGUUCCGGGGAACAGAGUAGAUAGCAUAUCAAAUUAUUAUCAUAUCAAAAUUAUUAUCUUAAGCUGAAUAAUAUACAACACUUUAAAAAAUGUAAAAUAACUUAUAUUACUUAUUCCAAAGAGUGUUUUAUGCAUUUAUUGAAACUUUCACUGUGAGAUCUAGUCAUAACUUGUUGGUCAAAAGCCAAUUCUGCAUAA